CAAAACUAUAGAAUCAUCUGUUGAGAGGUGUGUUGUGAUUGGAUGCUGCUUGUAUACGUAAUCACUGGCGUCGUCGCGGUUUUAUGACAGCCGUGUUUUGGUGUGAAGAUGGCUGAACGUGAAGCGCUAAAGAGAGAAAUAGAGGAGCUGCAAAACCUCAUUAAUGACUACAAAAGUACUCACGGUGACAUUCCCUCAAGCUCUGCCCAGUGGGGUCAUGCCAGACACGGUUCAAGGAGGGGCCAAAGUCGGGGUCAUGCCUCACACUACACACAAUCAUAUUCAUCACUGCCACAGCCGAAUGUGCCUCAUUCUUCUGGCAGCUGGAGGAAAACAUACUCCCUUAACAACAAGACCAACAGGGCCAUUGGGAAUCAUGUGUCUCACUCAGCUAUGGACCACCUGAACCAGCCUCCUCACCACAAUACUAUAUCUGGAGCCACUGCUACUGAGGAUGAUGUCGGACUUGUUGGGAAUAAUAGAGUUUUAUUUAAAAAGUUGACAGCUGAGCAAACCAAGGGUAAAUCUGCAACAUAUUCGCUCGGUGUCCAAAGUGAGACUUCAAAGGAAAGGAAAAGUGAAGCCAGUGGAAAAAGAACUGUGCUUAUAUCUGCAACAGGAAAAACCGAUCAUGGCUGUACAUCUACCAAUGAACAAACUGACUCUACUUCAUCAUCAGAGCCUGAAAGGAGGAUAAAACCCACUUUGAAAUCAUCUUCAGCUGUGAACAAUCCCUCUAUCCCUUCAACUGUCAAACAUUCAGUUCAACUUCAAGUCAAACCACACCUCCCCACUGCUGCCUUAUCCAAUAGGACUGUCGUAAUGCCAUCAGGCAAUAAAGAUUCUUCUAUAGCUUCUUCUGCUCCUAACCUUCAGUCUCAGGCUUCCUUGAGUCCCACAAAGCUCCUUCAGUCUCAGGCUUCCUUGAGUCCCACAAAGCUCCUUCAGUCUCAGGCUUCCUUGAGUCCCACAAAGCUCCUUCAGUCUCAGGCUUCCUUGAGUCCCACAAAGCUCCUUCAGUCUCAGGCUUCCUUGAGUCCCACAAAGCUCCAACUUAAGCUAGACUCAACUCAGACACGUAUAGCCUUGCCAUGCCAUAAGAGAUCUCUGUUUACUUGGGUGAAAAACCAAGAGAUGGUAAACACAAAAAGCACACCUAAGCCAGUGACUUCUCUCUCCCCAGCCUCUGGAUCCUCUCCUGGGACAGCCACUGUCAGAAGAGUCUCCGGCACCAAUAAGAGGGUGUCUCGAAAGCCUAAUCUUUCCCUUGGAGCUCCUAAGACCUCAAAGUACACCUGGGUGUCUUCAUCUUGCUCCUCAUCAACAGCUGGGAAAGCAAACACUUCAACGAAAAUGUUACACAAGCCUCUUUCUCCCAAAUCUCUUAAAGCCCCUGUAAGAACCUCUCAAGGUGGACCAGAGGGACCCAAGAAAGAAAAGAGAUACGCCACAACCUCAACAACUUCAUCCAAAAAAUCUAGAGCUGGGGGUGCAUCUACAUCCCUUGCUGGACAUGCUAGCCGUUAUCGCUGGAAGGCGGCUGGACAAAAUGCAACAGCAAAUGCAUUUAGCUCAACUUCUAGGACUACCCAUAAGGGCACAGUGUAUCGAUGGACGGCUAAUAAGAAUGGUCAAAAGGGGGAAAAGGGAUCUGCAUUGUCCUUAAGCUCAGCCCGCAUUAACCCUACUACCACUCCACUGUCAGCUGGUGCCUUCAAGCUCAGGAGCCGAACCAAGAUCAUCAGAAAAUCUGUUAGCAAUCCCUCCUUAGGCAGCCCCAUUGUGCAGACUAUAAGGAGCCAGUAUUCUUUGCGGAGGAGGACACACACUCCGGUGAAGACUCCAACCCAUGCCAGGCGAGCGCAGCCCAAAGUGCUGGUUUCAUUUGGCAGACACAAGCUCCGCCGCCUCUCUGUUACCGCCACCUCAUUAGGGACUUCAAGAUCAGGCCCCACCUCUUCGUCAGUGCGAAGCCCAGCAUCACAUAGGGUCAUCAAAACACGCUACAAGAUCGACACACGCAGAGCGCAUACAAUCCAUCACAACCCUGCUCUUUCCUACAGGGUCAAGAGAGUACAUUCUGCCAGGAGCAAUUUACCAGAGUGCUGUGACACAGGAGCCAGGAGAAAGAGAGGGAGAGAUAGAGAGAGCGUGAGAGUGUGGGUAUGUUUGGGAAGAAUCCUCCUGCAGAAUCGGCUAAGGACUACUCCAGAAAGGCAGUGGAGGGGGCGGAGCAUGAGGUGGAUAGGCGGAGCCCUAUACAGAGUCUCAGCCAAUAAGCUCUCUCGCACCCAAACCACCUGCACGCCCAACAGUAGACCAGGAGAGUGGUACAAUCCAUAUGUUUCCUCGACUAGCAAUCAGGGAAGAACAUCAGCCACACGUUACGUAGCCAAUCGUGCUGUGCAGAGGAGUUUAGCUAUAAUACGACAGGCCCGACAGAAGAAACAAAAGGCCAAGCAGUACUGCAUGUACUAUAACCGAUUCGGCAAGUGUAACCAUGGUGACACUUGCCCCUACAUCCACGACCCUGACAAAGUAGCCGUCUGCACCAGGUUUCUCCGAGGCACAUGUAAGCAGACAGAUGGGACUUGUCCUUUCUCGCAUAAAGUAGCCAAGGAGAAGAUGCCUGUGUGCUCAUACUUUCUGAAGGGGAUCUGUAAUAACAGUAGCUGUCCAUACAGUCAUGUCUACGUAUCACGCAAAGCCGAUGUGUGUAAAGACUUCGUCCGAGGCUACUGCCCGCAGGGAGAUAAGUGCAAGAAGAAACACACGCUGGUGUGUCCAGACUUCUCCAGUACUGGCGUUUGUCCACGUGGAUCCAAAUGCAAGCUGCACCACAGAGAGAGUGUGAAGCGCACUGGCUCUAACGCAAGCUUUGGACCGGCCAAGAAAGCCCGCACCAGAGACAUUAUAAAGAGUUCGGAGGAAGUUCAUACUCAGUCUACAGAGUCCAUACAGGCAGAUGAGGGCUCGUCCUCCUCGGGUCCUGAGAAGCUGCCCUCAUUCAUCUCUUUGUCCAGCUCUCCUGACAUGUCAGAGAACCCUGAUUCCCCAAAGAUACCUCCUGUGGCAGGCCUACAGGCCAAAGGAAAGACCCUACAUAUCAAGCCACGGUUCUUAUCUUCAACACAAACCGAACCCUUGCCAAAGGAGGGCUGAUGGUGGGUGUUUUAAUUGGUAAUAAACAAUGAAACUUUUUUAACUUAACUUUUAUUUUCGAAAUAAGAAAUUGACUCUGCCUCUCCUGAACUGAUUAAAAAAACAAAACAAAAAAAAACAGUUUACAAAUAUAUCUGUACAUUAGGCGUCCACAGCUAGUCACGUUUAGUUUCAAGAAUUCCAAAAUGCAAAUUCUAAGAAUUGAUUAUACAGAUUUCUCAGAAUAUAUUCAUAAGUAUUCACAAUUACAGAACUGAAUUUAUGCAUUAUAAUCAAAUUCUGUUCUGCAAAAAAAAAUGCAUACAUUUACAUUCUAAGUGAAUGGAGUUAGUUUCAAAGUGUAAAGUUAUUCUCAGGGGUUUUUAAAACUGUGGUUUGUUGUGCAAAGAAUUUAUUUUAUCAUUUAGAAUGUAAGCUUGUGAAAAUGUAUUUUCAAAGAAUGGAAAACUACUUAAUAAAAUUGCUUUGUGAUUUGUG